ACUGUAUUCACCAAAAUAAAAUAAAGCGACGCGGCAACAAUAAUUAUAACAGAAGUCGCGAACUUGUAAACAUACAACCAUCCAACUAUCCAUCCAUCUAUCUUCCUUCCUUCCUUUUCCUCCUCUCCUCUUCCACAAAAUCUCCCCUCCUCAUAUCCAUAAACUACCAACAACAAUACGUUACCGAAUUUCAUUGAAGUUCACGUAAUCUGAGACACCUCCAUCUCUCAUAGUCGACCACAACUUUCUUCUUCGCAUCAACCUGCAUCUGUUGUGUAUUUCAUCAGAAACCAUCGCAAUUUCAAAAAAAAAAUGUCACUACAAUCUGCUUAUAAGCAGUUUCUAGCUUCCCCAAACCCCUCCUUGCUCGCAGCUGAUGCUUCCCUUCAUUUCAUUACAACUCUAGUCACUGUUCAUGGAGCUUCUAAUGUUGUCAAGCAUUUAAAUGGACAGAACCAUCAACUCGAGAAGAAAGAGGAAACCUUCCUAAAUACUGUUGAAGGAUACUCCUCCAUCGCCGCAGAAAUCCACACAACCAUUGAAUUCAAGACCUCGGGAGGAUCCUAUCUACCUGGACUGGAUGACAACUUUCUCGCUGACCGCACAGUCACCUUUCCAAUCAUCCAUAUCGUAAGUUUCGAUGGCAACGGAAAAAUCCAACAAAUUCGACAAAACUGGGACCAGGGAUCACUUCUUAAAUUGAUUGAUGUUAUCGGAAAGACUGGACGAAACUGGCCAAUCCGGGAUGGAAAGGAUCAAAUAAAGCUUAUCGCAUCAAGCAUCAAAAAUACUGGUACGUUAGAUGCUUCUUCGAACGUGGAUCCGCUCGCUCGCGCCAGAGGUAACUCCAAUAAUGUGUUGCGCGACCCGCACGCAAGCCUUUCCUUGUUUACUCCCCGUGAGGAUAUUGGAUCCAAGUCCCGUCCGGCCGAAGUACCAGCCAGUGUAUCCGCAAGGCCAGCACCUCGGGACUAUGAUGAUCUUUUUGUUAACAAGAAUUCCUCGACUGUAGACACUGUCCUUUCUCCAAAAGCAGGCGCUUCCAAGAAAUUCGCACCAUCUCGACUAUUCGAUGCCGAUGAGAAUGAAAACACCCCAGAUAGCCCCAUUCGCGAGAAGUCGAAGGACCCCAUGUACCGCCCAAAUCCAGCUAGGUAUGAACACUUCGAUAUCACCGAUGGCCCCGAGGAAGAGGAAUCCAUUCGACCGCCAACUGGCAAGGGUGGCAAGGGUCAACAUCAAAGUCAAUGGGGAUUUGAUGAUUUCCAAACACCGCAAAAGGUUGUUCCUACUAAAGUUCUUCGCGCAGCUGAAGUUCGCCAUUGGAGUAACAGUGAUGAUGAAGUCUUAGAUAGUCCAGUCAAAUUCAAGAAAGCCGAAAAACCUCGCAAGGAUGCUCAGACACAUUUUGAGUUCCAAGACGAUGCCACCCCUCAAAAAGAUCGUCGUAUCGUUGGAAACCCUCGUGGGCAAGGUCACAAUAAUGGACUUGGGCUCUACAAAGACAUUCUAUUUGGUGAGAAUGGAGGUGACACGCCAGUCUCAAAGAAACAUACUACAGGUCUUGCAAAUGCCAAGGACAGAACCAAGGAUUAUGAUCAUUUUAGCAUGGCUGAUGAAUCGCCAGUAACUGGACAGGCUCCUACUCAUAUGGCAGGAGAUAGGGCCAAGGCUGUGAAGAUGAUGGAUGCUAACUGGGAUACAUACGAUGAAUCACCUGUUGAGAAGAACGCCAGAAAAGAGAACGACCCUUCUUCACCAAGUCGCUCCAACGCUACCAAGGAGCCAUUGUCUGAAAUCAACACGGCUUCUAAGCGCAACCAGCAAAAUACUGGUAUCAAGACAAUGGGUGACGGAAUGGGUGGCAGCAAAGGUGCAGGCAGAAGAUGGGGUUUUGGAGAUGAUUCUGAUGGAGAGGAAGCCGGUGGUCUCAACGGUGUAGGAAGCAAAUUCCGCAAUGGUCGCCCUGGCAAAGCCCAAAAUCAAAAGGCUACUGGUGGUGAUUUCUGGGAUUUCUAGGCCAUAAAAUUCGAAACAGGAUUGCGUUGCUACUGGCUUGUUAAGCACGUAUUAUGAGAGAUGAGACUCAUGAUCAGACAAUAUUGGCUUCGAUUUUAUGUACGCUUUUUAAUGCGGUAGAAUUAGGUGUUGACAAGGUGUUUUCAAUGGAUCAUGGGUCACUACACGAUUGAGAUGAUCUGUCUGUCUGAUUUCGUUUUUUUAACGGGUUCUUGAGUGUGUUAUCUUCUACUUUGAGGGAAUAGGGAUUGGUUUAUUCGUGUCUCUUCGCAGAUGCGCAUGUGGGUCAGUGUAGUGGAGGAGUUGAGGGGAUCCGCCGAGUGUAUUCUUUUGGCAGCUAGUUUUAUUCCGAAGAUAUCAAAAAUGCAAGGAAUUAUUUUAUCGA